AUGGACCAAACCAAUCCGCCCAGCACGCCGCCUACGGGCGAAGUUUCGACCAUGGCCCGCCUCGCCUUCCACAGCUCGGCCAAAUGGCGCCAUAGGUGCGAGGAGGACCCGUUCGUCAAGGGCUACAUCACCGGCUUUGAAGCCGGUUGGGCCAAAUGGUACAAGCAAGCCUACGAGGAGGGCAUCAAGAAGGGCCGCCUCGAGGCCGAGGCGGCUGCGGCUGCCAAGGGCUCUUCCGCCGCCAACGAGGUGGACGUUCCCUCCAACUCUCCCUCCGACGGAUUCUCCCACCUGCGCAAGAACCGUCCGCUGGAUGCAUCCAGCCCAAGUCUCCCUCUGCCGGGCGAACCAACCCGCAGCCUCGGGCAGGGUCUGGACCGGAUUAAGCUCGGUACCAGCACUUGGGAUGCUCCCUCUGGCAAGGGCAAAGGCCGUAUGAACGACGCCAUGCCUCGCAGCCUGUCCAAGGACACCAUCGACCUUCUGGACGACCUCUGCCUCGACGACACUGAGCAGCAGGCCGACCUCAUCUCCUUCAACAACCGCAACUCGAGCCGCAGCCCCACCGUGGCAGGCCCAUCCAACAAGAUCAUCAGCAGUCGGAAGCUCACGGACCCGUUCUUUGACGGCAGCCUCACCAUCCCAAAGGUCUCCAACACGGGCGGCACGCCGGCCCUGCAGAUCACCACGCCGGCUCUGUUUACUGGCACGCCGUCCACCAUCAACUCACCCGCAACCACCCCGACGCGCGGCCCACGCCACAGCCGCGGCGAGCAAAAGACCGCCGACAAGACGAGCGGCAUCGAAAGAAUCACCACCACCACCACAGCCAACCCUACCACGACGACAUCCACCAUCCCCAUCCAGCCCGACACCCUCUACAACAUCCCACUGGCACACACAGUCCGCCCGAUCGUGCCAGACCUGGACAUUUCCCCCUGGGAGCGCCGCACGCGGCCCGCAUACCCAGAACUAGCAGCGGAGCACUUCAACAACACGCACCGGCAGCCGGCGCGGCGCGUGGUAGCCAACCCGUGGCGGGUACUGAUCGGCCCGCUAGGCGAAGCGGCGCGAGCGGCGUGGAGCGGCGGCGACAUGGGCAAGGCGUACCUGCGCAACAAGCUGGGCGGGGCGGAGAAGGCGGGCCUCGCGUUCUGCGAGAUGCUCCGCGACGAGGCGGGCGCGAGCUACGUCCUGGGCACGUUCACCAGCCCGAAGAAGGCGCGCAGGGCGCUGGAGGUGUUUGAGAGGGGAUAUCCUUGCGGUGGCUCGAUCAUGUGGGGGUGGAUUUACCUCGAGGAGGAGUGA